ACACAAUAUCAACAAUCGAGCCGGCAACGGCAAUUAUUUAUAUUUGCUUAGUCCAACUAUUAUAAACGAAAAGUGCAUUACUCUGUACACGAUUGCGAUCAAUUAACAUUGCUUCAACUGCGCAUUAGCCGUAAUUAGGCUGAAGUGUGAACGUUAUUUGGCUGGGUGCACGCAACUAACCCAGCCACGUGGGAGGAGUACGUGGCAAUGAAUAUAAUGUUGUCGUGAAUUCCCAUUCCCAUUCCGAACUUGAUAUGACUAACUAGUUUCAAUUAUAAUAGGCCGCACACUGAGAAUAUUUUAAUUGACAGACAAUAUAAUUGGGGAGAGAGAUGACUGCCACGCUACGCUAUCGGGGCGACAAGAGCAAUUUGCUCGAGUUCGCCAAGAAUCUGGAUGCCUUUAAGAAAGUGCCUGAGAAGUACACAGAGACCACAGAGAUUGGCGGUACACUCUCGCUGCUAAGUCGGCUGCUCAUCGUCUAUUUGGUUUAUACGGAACUGCGCUAUUAUUGGAGCGAAACGAACAUUAUUUAUCAGUUUGAGCCGGAUAUGUCGCUGGAUGAGCAGGUGCAGAUGCAUGUCGAUAUCACCGUGGCGAUGCCAUGCGCCUCGCUCUCCGGCGUCGAUCUCAUGGAUGAGACACAGCAGGAUGUCUUUGCGUAUGGCUCGUUGCAGCGCGAAGGUGUCUGGUGGCAAAUGGCGGAUGCUGAUCGCCGUCACUUUCAGUCCAUGCAAAUGACCAAUCACUAUUUGCGCGAGGAAUAUCACUCUGUUGCGAACAUACUAUUCAAGGACAUUUUGCGCGAACGCACACAGCCCAAGGAGAGCGAAGCACAUUCAGUUCCUGCACAACCGGCACCGGGUCCAUUGCAGCAGUUGCAGCAACAUCCACAAUUUGAGGCGAAAUAUGAUGCGUGUCGACUGCACGGCACCCUGGGCAUCAACAAGGUGGCCGGUGUGCUGCAUUUGGUGGGCGGGGCACAGCCGGUGGUUGGCAUGUUCGAUGAUCACUGGAUGAUCGAGUUCCGGCGCAUGCCCGCCAACUUUACGCAUCGCAUCAAUCGCCUCAGCUUUGGCCAGUACUCGCGACGCAUCGUCCAGCCGCUGGAGGGCGAUGAGACCACCAUCACCGAGGAGGCCACCACAGUGCAGUAUUUCAUAAAGGUGGUGCCCACGGAGAUUCAGCAAACGUUUAGCACUGUCAGCACAUUCCAAUACGCCGUCACCGAGAACGUUCGCAAACUGGACUCCGAGCGCAACUCGUAUGGUUCUCCGGGCAUAUAUUUCAAGUACGAUUGGUCCGCCUUGAAGGUAGUCAUUAGUCACGAUCGUGACUAUUUCCUCACCUUUGUCAUACGGCUCUGCUCGAUUAUAUCGGGCAUCAUUGUAAUUUCGGGCGCUGUAAAUGCGCUGCUUUUGGGCUUGCAACGUCGCCUGCUGAACACCUUUGCGCCGCAGCUUUACCAGCGGCUGCCACAGGCUGCGACGGCGCCUCCAACAGGAAUCAGCGUAGCCAGGAGUCCAGCGAUGGCGCCAACGAUGCCAGUCAACGAACUGCUGAAUGCCGCCAAUCUGAUGGCCAACGUGGACAUAUCGGCAUAUCUGCCGACGGCUGCUCCCAAGUCUGACAUGUAGCGUUGGACCCUGGGCCAGAAGUGGCCAUUUAGCGUCAAACGUAAUCUCCUUUAAAAUCAAAUCCAAAAUCUAUUUUUAAUAUUAUUACGCCGCAAAAUGCAAUCGCUGCUUAAACAUAAUUUACACUAAGCCAAAAACAAAACAAAACUGUACAUAAAUUCACAUAAAUGAUAUAAAUAUAUAUACGCUAUAGAUAUACAUAUAUAUUCGCUCACAGACUAGAACGAGUUAAUUUCUAAUCCUCCAAGAAUUGCUUAAAGUUCAAAAAGGAAAGAAAAAAGAUGCUGCAACUAUUAGUGUAAAAUAUAUUUAAAAAAGAAAAAGAAAGAAAAAUG